AUGGCCGCUGUCGUCGCUGCACAACUCGCUCGCCCUACUAUUCGGCACUUCUCUGCCCACCGUCCACGUCCCGAUAGCCGUGCAGCUCGCGCCGUGACUACUUCCUGCUUGGCCGCCGCUGUGGCACUCCCUUUUAUUCCACCGGCUCUGGAAAGCUCGCGCCAGAAGAGCUCUGGAUUUCCAGAAGGCAAUAAGUGA